UGGGGGAAUCCCUCUGUGUACAGCAGUAAACAAAGCCAAUGCUAGUGCUUCUCACCUCUCCUGCUAGUGUCUGAUUCUCUUUAUCCUCCACCAUUCUCUUCAUCUCUUGAGUGUCUGAGAUCUGCAGAGAAGACAAGACAAGCAAUGCCGACAAAGGCCACUAAAAAGGGUGGCAAUCGAAGGGACAACUUCAGUGCAGCGGUGGUCCAGAUCCUUCACAAGAGAGUUGGGGGUAAAUGCUGUCGCUGUGAUGCAACCACCUUUGGUCCAGUAGCUAACAACCCCAUCAAGUCAAUCAACAUCGGUCAGGCCGCACAUAUAGCAGCUGCGGCCCCAGGGGGACCUCGAUAUGACCCCACCAUGACCCCAGAGGAGAGAGCAGGUGUCACUAAUGGCAUGUGGAUGUGUUCAAACUGCCACGAUAUCAUCGAUCGAGACGUCGACGAAUAUCCCACGGCUAAACUGAGGGCAAUGCGGAAGAAAGCUGAGCAAAGAGCCAAGGCUGAGAUGGGGGUGGGAACCAGCAAGGGGGUCUCAGAGACCACAGACGGUGUGGCGGUGGGUGUGAGUGCAGCUACCAUUGUUGACAUACGCAAAGCUAAAGCUGAAAUUCGCGCUUUAAAUGGAGACAAGUUAUCAGAGUCACGAGCAGAAGAGCUGCUCGAAUCAGUGAGCUUUAUCGACCCAGCAGUGGACAGCUAUCUACCUGUAGUGGCAAGAGAACUAAUAGCUUUCUACGAGCAGCUAGUGAUGCAUUGUCAGCAGCCCUAUGUUUUGUUAGAGGUGGUACGAAGACUCGUGAUUCUAGCAGAUGCUUAUCACACUCAGUGGACCAAGCAAGACGUUGAAGCUAUCACUCGAGUGAGCGAACGUGUAAUAAAGAGCGCAGCUAAAAAGAGUAGCUAUCAAUCUGGGGUUGCCUUACUCAAGAAUCUUUCUACCUACAAAAUCCUUCGAGAGAAGGGGCUGGACAAAAUACCAGCGAGGAGCUUGAGUGAUAUGAGAGGCGGAACUGCUAUGAGAGCCGGAACUGAUCUAACAGACGGUGAGAUAAGCCCACCUGCUUUUAAGAGAGCGUGCUUGGAUGGGGACGUGGCCGGUGGUCCGCCACCCAUGGCAUGGCAGGAGGAGCAAUACAUGGAGCUCAUGGAACAGCUGUCGGUGUGCCAGGACCCAACUGAAGCAGAGAAACUAGAGGAGCAAUUAAUUGAGAUGGGCUUUGAACCUGACAUUGUCUGAACAUUAACACUGGACGCAAUUAGCGUAGACUUUUAUAUUGCAUACAAUUUUUAACAUGAUUAUACCGUAUAGCGGGUAAUUUUAUUUUGUUGGUGCAAAUUUUUAUAUGAAGUAUAUACUUAAUUAAAUAUUUCGUAUUUUUUAA